GGAGAGGGGUGGAAAAGGAAGAGGAUGGGCAGAAGUAGAGGACUUGCAUUUUAAACAAACUGCUUAGAAAAAAAGAGAGGAGAGAGAGAGAGAGAGGGAGAGUCAGCAUCACCGGAGAGCAAGAGAGAGAUAGGGGAGAGAUCGCAUUCUUAUCACGUCUACAUUUCUCUUCUCCUCUCUUUCGGUUCCGCCACUAAGAGAGGGUGAGGAAAAGAGGGGAGAGGGAAAGAGAGAGGGAGAGAGACAGAGAGAGAGGGAAAGAGAGUGAGAAGGGGAGGAAGAGAAGAAGAGAAACGAGAGAUUAACCAGAUUCAAACUAGUCAUCUUUUUUCCCGAUGCUUUCCAAUUGCACAACAAAACUAAGCCCGGCAUCGGACCGUGAGACGCGGGACGCACCGGGCAACGAUAGGACCCAACGCCGCAGGAGGAGGAUAUGUAAAGUUGGAAUCCAGCUAAACUAAUGCUGUGAAGUAGCUCUGUCCCUGGAGCUGAAACUUCAUUGCCGUGGUGUCAAGCGAGGAUGCUGUGGGUUACCUUGCUGAGCACCAUAGCCUUAGGAUGGACCACGCCAAUCCCGCUGCUGGAAGACUCAGAGGAGAUCGACGAGCCCUGCUUUGAGCCAUGCGAAUGCGAGGUCAAAGAAGGCAUCUUCCAUGUCCACUGUGACAGUAAAGGAUUUACAAAUGUCAGCCAGAUCUCUCAAAUUUGGAGCCAGCCCUUCAAGCUCAACUUGCAAAGGAACUCGAUGAGGAAGCUCUACUUCAACAGCUUCCUCCAUCUUAACAAUGCCAUAUCCGUCAAUCUUGGUAAUAAUGCCUUGCAAGAUAUACAUGCUGGGGCAUUCAAUGGCUUGGGCAUACUCAAACGACUCUUUCUGCAUGAAAACAAGCUAGAAGUUUUCCGAAACGACACAUUUCUGGGGUUGGAGAGUCUAGAGUAUCUCCAGGCAGAUUACAAUGUUAAAAGGAUUGAAAGUGGUGCAUUCAGGCACCUUGACAAAUUAAGAGUGCUGAUAUUAAAUGACAAUCUCAUACCCAUGCUGCCGAAUUAUCUUUUUCGGUCUGUGUCCCUAACACAUUUGGACUUGAGAGGUAAUAGACUAAAGACAUUGCAGUAUAAAGGCACACUGGAGUAUGUUGGGCGGAGCUUGAUGGAAAUCCAGCUUGAGGAAAACCCUUGGAACUGUGUGUGUGAGAUUGUCCAGUUAAAAACAUGGUUGGAGCGAAUCCCUUACACAGCGUUGGUUGGAGAGAUCACUUGUGAGUACCCAUUCCACCUACAUGGAAAAGACCUGCGGGAAAUUAAACGCAGCGAGCUGUGUCCUCUGCUCUCCGAAGCAGAGAUUGAGGCCAAACUGGGAAUUCCCCGGGUGCCAUUCAGCAAUGAGAAUACUUGGCCUACUAAACCUUCCUCCAUAUAUUUCCCCUUUCACAACACAGCCUCUUCUGUGGAGAACAGGGAAAGAGCUGUGAAGCCUACUAAACGGUCCCGGCCCACUAAGAACCCCCCAACCCCUCGUAGCAUUUACCCGGGCCUCAACCAACCCCCCGUUGCUGGUUACCAAACAAGACCACCCAUUCCAAUAAUCUGUCCAGCUAGUUGUAUCUGUAACCUUCACAUCAAUGACCUGGGGUUAACAGUCAACUGUAAAGACAAAGGUUUUCACAACAUUUCAGAGCUUCUGCCACGACCCCUCAAUGCCAAGAAAUUGUAUCUCAGUGGGAACCUCAUACAGAAGAUCUACCGCUCAGAUUUCUGGAACUUCUCAAGUUUGGAUUUACUACAUUUAGGGAACAACAGGAUAUCAUAUGUCCAAGAGGGUGCAUUUAUCAAUCUACCAAGCUUAAAAAGUUUAUAUCUGAAUGGAAAUGACAUCGAGAGGCUCUCUCCUGGGAUGUUUCGUGGACUUCAGAUGCUGAGUUAUCUUUACUUUGAGUACAAUGUCAUUCGUGAGGUCCAGCCUCAUUCCUUCUCCCUAAUGCCCAAUCUGCAGCUGGUUUUCCUCAAUAAUAACCUGUUAAGGUCACUCCCAAAUGACGCCUUUGCAGGCACCAACCUUGCACGUCUUAAUCUCCGCAGCAAUUACUUUGUUUCCCUGCCUGUUCAUGGUGUUCUGGAGCAUCUGACAUCCAUUGUACAAAUCGAUCUCCAUCAGAACCCCUGGGACUGUUCAUGUGAUAUUAUCCCACUCAAACAAUGGCUGGAAAAGCUCUCCUCUGUCAUUGUGGUGGGGGACGUCACCUGCAAGACACCAGAGUAUGCCUCUGGAAAGGACCUGCGCUCACUUGAGGUUGAGGUCAUCUGUCCUGAGUUGAAACAUUUCUCAGGUCCCUCGCCAGCUCUGCCUGGUGGGAAUGACCUCACCACAGGGAGCUCUGAACUAGGUAAAGCAGGUGGGAGAGGGGCUGUUCCACUGUCAGUUCUCAUACUCAGCCUACUUAUCUUGUUUAUUUCAGCUGUGUUUGUGACUGCUGGGCUCUUUGCCUUUGUCCUCCGUCGUAGGAAGAAACUACCUUUCCGGAAACGUUCUGAGGUGGACCUAACAGGGAUUCAGAUGCAAUGCAGGAUUUUUGAGGAUCCGCCCAGGCAAAGCAGUUCUGGGAAUACUGGCACGCCGGAUAAACAAGCACCCAAUUUGCACACACACUCACACACUACUCAUACACACUCCCAUGGCCACGUUUAUGAUUACAUCCCCCACCCUGUGACUCAGAUGUGUAACAACCCUAUCUAUAAACCUAGAGAAGGAGAGAUUGCAGAGGAGGAGAGGGCACAGUUUGCAGAAAAGAAAGACAAUGGCAGCAGUAGCAACAGUAACUACAGAACCUUGUUGGAGAAAGAAAGAGAGUGGACCUUGGCGGUCUCCAACUCUCAACUCAACACCAUUGUUGCAGUCAACCACACCACAGCGGACAUGUCAGGAUUUCAUGAGAAUGGAGGACUCUGCCCUACAGUGAUUGAUAGUCAGAGACCCACGCCAACAGUGGGCUUUGUAGACUGUUUGUAUGGGACCGUACCCAAAUUAAAGGACAUGCAUGUUGCACAUGCGCAUCCACCAGGCAUGCAAUACCCAGAUCUGCAGCAGGAUGCACGGCUGAAGGAGACGUUGCUUUUUACAGCCGGGAAAGGCUGCUACCCUGAUCCCUCCAAAAGUGAUUACCUUGAGUUAAGGGCCAAACUUCAAACCAAGCCAGAUUACCUCGAAGUCUUGGAAAAAUCCUACAGAUUUUAAUGACUGUAGCCCACAGGAGAAGAAAUAAAAACACAAAUUUGUCAUAUUCACUUUGCCACCAUCUAACAAAAUCACUUAGACCAAUAUU